AUGGCUGCAAGCAAUGCAUUUCACCGCUUCUCACAUGGCCACCAGGAUCUGCUGCUUUCCGUAGACUACAACUACUAUGGUACGCGUAUGGCCACGGCAUCUGCCGACCACAGGGUCAAGGUCUGGGACCGCAACGAGAAGACUGGCCAGUGGCUUGUCACAGACGUGUGGACAGCACAUGACGCUGAAGUCAUCGGUGUGAAGUGGAACGGCCCAUUCGUUGGAGAGCACUUGGCAAGCAUUGGCGAUGACGGCUACCUGAGGAUAUGGCGUGAAGAUGUCAGCGAAGCGCACAAUUCCGGGCGAAGGUUCAAAAGGAUCUACCAGCAACGCACCGAGACUGGCAUCCCUUAUAUGUCUCUCGAUUUCAAAAACAUUGGCACUGAGAGCUAUCUUGCCGUAAUAACACGCGACGGCCAUCUGACAGUUUGUGAACCUGACGAUCAUGAUGACCUCUCAGCCUGGCGGAAGAUGUGGUCAGAACCACUUUGUAGACCGGCGCCUCCAAGGACCGAAGAAACUGCUUUCCGUGUAAGCUGGCAUAAGGAGAAGAUACCGGCGUGGCCAGCAGUGCUUGCAGGCUUAGACCGAAAAAGUCUGAGUCUUGCCGUAGCGAUUGGCAAUUCGGUAAAAAUAUUUCGAACCGAUAAAGAGCGCAAGUUCUACAUUGCUGCAACGCUUGAAGGUGCCAAAGACCUCAUCAGAGAUGUCAACUGGGCAAACGGUAGCAUGCGAGGAUUCGACAACAUCGCAACCGCAAGCAAGGAUGGUUUCAUUCGGAUCUAUGAGCUCCAUACUCCUGGCGCGGCCUCCUUACCCACCUCAACAAAUGGCUCUGGGUCAGGAUAUGAUACGCCGCAAACACACACUCCAGUUUCAAGACCUGCUCGCUCGGGAAUUGGCGCUGGACUAGCCGGUGGUGCUCGUGGCCGACGUGAUGACAACGCUGGAGCACCAGGAGCUGUCAAACAAGACGUCAAGCUGGUCGCGGAACUCGAAUCGCACAAGCAGACGCCUUGGCGAGUGUCGUGGGCACCCAUGGCAGACAUGCUCUUGACUACUGGAGAUGAUGGUGCAACUCGAGUCUGGAAGAAGUCUGUAGAAGGCAAAUGGGUUGAAGCGGCUGAGAUUGAUGCCACAUCAAGCUCUUGA